CAAUCACCUGCGCUCCAGUGAAAAGCGUCCCGCUGCCCUCGAGAGCCGCGCUGUUGCUCAGUUCGCUCGCGACGCGCUGCGGAUGAGGGAGCGUCUGCUGAAGGUUAACGCGCUGAUAGUCGCGUCUGCAGGGAAUCAAACAUCUCAUAAAUGAAGAUCUGCUGUAGAUCCUCCAGCUCAGAGCCAUGAGACAAAUCUCUUACCUCCUGAUCACCGUCUCACUCACUCUCACAUACAACUUCUGGAUCGUUCGGUGUGAAUCUCCAGGAGCGUUUGGUGAUGAUUCGUCCGGUUAUGGACCUGUGUUUGAAGAGCAGCCCAUCGACACCAUUUACCCUGAAGAAUCUCCAGAGGACAAAAUUAUCCUGACGUGCCGAGCGCGAGCUCACCCACCUGCGUCAUACAGAUGGAGAUUAAACAACACAGAUGUUGAUAUUAUGGAGGGAUUGGAUGAUCAUUACAUUCUGAAUGGAGGAGAUCUCAUCAUCAGAUUCCCAGAUAGGAGCAGAGAUACUGGGAAUUAUUCAUGUGUGGCAACCAAUGAGUUUGGGACGGUGGUCAGUCGCACGGCUUUUAUCCAGUUUGGAUACUUGGACAUGUUUUCCACAGAUGAACGAGAGGCGGUCUUUGUGAAGGAGGGACAAGGGGCGGUGCUACUGUGUGAUCCGCCCCCACACUUCCCAGAAGAUCUGUCGUUCCGCUGGAUGCUGAAUGAGUUUCCAGACUUCAUUCCUCUGGAUAAACGCCGCUUUGUGUCUCAGAGCACCGGGAAUCUCUACAUCUCCACAGUGCGAUCGGCAGACAGUGGGAAUUACUCCUGCUUUGUGUCCAGCCCGUCCAUCGCGAAGAGCGUUUUCAGCAAAUUCAUCCCUCUGGUGCCCAUGCCUGAACGUUCGCUGAGGAAAUAUCCAGCUGAUAUUAAAGUGAAAUCUCCAGACACAUAUGCACUUAUGGGCCAGAACAUCACACUGGAGUGUUUUGCGUUGGGAAAUCCCAUCCCUCAGAUCCACUGGAAGAAGGUGGACGGUGAUCUUCCUCCUCGCCGUCAUGACGUCAGUAUGGCCGGUAGUCUUCUUCAUCUCUAUGACCUUCAGUAUGAAGACGAGGGCUUGUAUGAAUGUGAAGCAGAGAACUCUAAAGGCAAAGAUUGGCACAGAACACAUCUGUUUGUUGAGGGGGCUCCUGAGUGGGUUGAGAAGAUUGAAAGCUCAGAGCGAGAUAUUGGAGGGAACUACAUCAUGUCAUGUGUGGCCAAUGGCAAGCCCAAACCUCACGUGCACUUUCUGAAGAACGGACAGAAGUUACUCAGGAAUCAUGAGUUACGUUUUAUCGAUCUGAAGUUUGAUGAUUCAGGGAUGUAUCAGUGUAUCGCAGAAAACCGUCACGGCACGAUCUACGCCAACGCUGAACUCAAGGUCUUCGCUGGCGGUCCAUCGUUCGAGCAGAACCCUGUGAAGAUUAAAAUCUUAGCGGCUAAAGACGGUCGCGUGGUGAUCGAGUGUAAACCGAGAGCGGCACCGCGGCCGAAGAUCUCCUGGAGUAAAGAAACCGAACUCCUACACAACUCCAGCAGGAUUUUCAUUUGGCAGGAUGGAAGUUUAGAGAUUGUAAACAUCAGUAAAUCAGAUGAGGGCAGAUAUACGUGUUUCGCAGUGAACAACAGAGGUCAAGGCAACAGCUCGGGAUCUCUGUCCGUCACAGACGCCACUAAAAUCACUCUUGCUCCAUCUUAUGUGGAUGUCAGCGUGGGAGAGAGCGCCAGAAUGGAGUGCAAUGCGUCACAUGACAAGACCCUUGACAUCGCCUUUAUUUGGUCUCUUAAUGAUCACGUGAUCGACUUUGACCAGGACAGAGAUCAUUAUCAUCACAGAAUGAUCGGUGACGCAGGGAGGUCGAGAUCUGAACUGUUGAUCAGUAAGACACAGCUGAGACACGCUGGACGUUACACCUGUACAGCUCAAACACCUGUAGACAACAUCAGCACUUCUGCAGAGCUGGUGGUCCGAGGUCCUCCAGGUCCUCCCGGUGGUGUGCGUGUGGAUGAGGUGACAAACAGCAGCGUGAGGGUGACCUGGAGUCAUGGGACAGAUAAUCUGAGUCCCAUCUCCAAAUACAUUAUUCAGUUCAGAGACAUUAAAGCACAGCAGGACUGGAAAGAUGCCUCUACCUCUCCAGUGAAUGUGGAAGGCAAUGCAGAAAGGGUCACAGUGGUAAAUCUGACACCAUGGAUGGAUUAUGAGUUCAGGGUUAUUGCCAUCAACAUCCUGGGUACAGGACCGCCUAGUGACCCCUCACCUAAAAUCACCACAAAGGAAGCCAGACCUGUGGUCGCACCAUCAGAUGUUGGAGGCGGAGGAGGAGCCAGCAGAGAACUCACCAUCACGUGGACGCCCGUGCAGUUGCAGUAUCACUACGGCAGUAACUUUGGUUACAUCAUCGCCUUUAGACCACACGACAAGCACGAUUGGCUGAAAGUGACCGUCUCAGAUCCUCACGCUCACAAAUACAUUCACAAAGACUCAAAUAUUCAACCGUCCACCAGGUUUGAGGUGAAGAUGAAGGCGUUUAACAGUCAGGGUGAAGGACCGUUCAGCGUCAGCUCCUUUAUUUACUCUGCUCAGGACGUUCCCUCAGAAGCUCCUACUAUCGUUGAGGCGAGAGCGCUGUCGGCCACUGAAGCCAUCGUCUGCUGGAUGCCUGUGCGAUUACAGACGGUUGAAAAAUACCAGGUUCGGUACUGGAGACAGACUGUAGAGAACGAGGCGUCUGCUCAGCGUGUGCCGGUUUCCAGUCAAGAGAACCACACCAGACUGGACCACCUGAAACCCAAUUCUCAUUACCUCAUCGAGGUGCGAGCUUACAAUGGCGCGGGUUUCGGACCUCCCAGUGACCGAUACGAGAUCCAUACAAAGAAAGCGCCUCCCAGCCGGCCGCCUAAAAUAUUCGCUCCAAAGUAUCAUUCCACCGGUAGGACGUUUAACAUCGCCUGGGAGCAGGUGCAGCCGCUGGCCAAUGAAUCUACGGUGGAGGGUUAUAAGGUGUUGUACAGACCAGAAGAUCAAGUGAACGGUGAUCUGUACACCACAGGUAAACACUCCAUAGAUCUGCCCAUGAAGAAAGGUGAAUAUCUGGUGGAGGUGAGAGCUCACAGCGAGGGAGGAGACGGAGCGGUCGCACAAGUGCGCGUCUCAGGUGAAGGACUUGUGACGUCUCAACCUCUCUGUAUCUGCUCUCUGAUCUUCAUGACACUCUUGAGUUUAUUCCUCUGAAUGUAAAUCUUCACGGGCGGUGAAUCUGAACUCUUACAGGAUGAAUCUCACACAAACCCACAGAUGUUCAGCUGGGACAUCAAGGACAGAUUUAAUGUCUCUGAACUCUUCAAUAUGCCUUAUAACAUCUCACGGUCUGCUCACGUUAAAGCGUGAGCACUGAUUGGUCGAGGACGACGUGACACAGGAAUUGAACUCUGUAACUUGUGUGUGUGUUUUGGUGAUAGAUCGGAUGCGUCUGAUGUUUGUCUUGAUGUUGUUUGAAUAUCAGUUACUUUAUCUUAAUUCUUGUUUUCAGUACUGAAGCACAGCUGUUAUUGAAUACGGUCAAAGCAAACAAAUCUGAACAAAUUCACCUCCAACAGCGCAGCAUGUCAUCAUAAUAGAGGAUUAUAUCAUAAUUAUAUAUAUAUAUAUAUGCAAUAAUUUAUAAGCUAUUGAUCUUUUCAUUUAACAGAAAAUCUUGUUUUUCAUUGUAGCUUAUCUAACAUAGAGAUCAUCUGAGAGAAAGAGAAAAUGAUAGAGAGACACUAAAAGUGAGUGAGUGAGAGAAUGAUAGAGAGACAUUGAGAGAGAGUUUAUCUGUGUGAGGAGAGAGAGAGAGAGAGAGCGUAUCAGGUGCAUGACAUCUUUCAGAAUUUCAGUGAUAUUUUUAUUGUGUUUGUGAUGUUUGCUAAAAUAUUAUAAAGAGAAAAAAGUUGUUUUGAUCAUUGAGCUUCUGCAGAAGAGAAAGACAUCAGUGAAGAGCUCUGAUUCUGGAUCAGUUUUAUUGGUUGGUUGCGAGCACAAAUCUAAAGUGCUGUUGUUUUGUGUGUAUCUUUAAAUCCUCUGGUUGCAGGUGAUUUGUGAUGAAUGUGAAUAUUUUAACUCGUGUCUAUUUCACCAGUCACAGUGAAUUUUAACAGCCAAUAACAUUUCUCUAUUUACAGAAUAAUCAUCGAUCUGUUCCUCUCUUUCUCUGUGUGUUUUUAUACUGGACCGUCUGUUAUGAGAUCAGAAACUGUAUGUUGUGUACAGUGGGCUUAUUUGAUUUGCUUUUAACAGAUAAUAGUUUAAUGACAGCCAUAUAUAUUUUUUGGUUUAUGCUGUGAUUGAAUCAUUUAGUCGUCCUGUUUGAGAAACAUCCAUGUUUUAAUCUCAUACAGUAAUGUACCAGAUCAGUAAACUCAUUUCAUCUCGAUCUAAACUUCAGUAUUUUGUGUUUUAAGAUGAAGUCGUGUGUCAGCGUCGGUCGUUUCUUCAACAUUUACACCACAAAGUGCUUUUGCUCCUGAUCUGCGUGAGAGUUUUAAUGCAUGAAUGCUUUAGCGGCUGCAGUUAUUCAGAGAUCAGAUGCAUGAUGGGUAAUGAACGGUCUGAUCUUCAUACUCAUUGACUGUGUGUUAGUUAAAGGUCUGUAAGCUGAUGGGUUUCUCACUGUCAGUGAGGAUCUGCUUCAUUUCAUUAAAGAUGAUAAAGACCAAACCA